AAAAGGAUCAUUAAUUCCGUCCUCCUCUCAAUUCCCUUUUUCUCUAAUAAUUAUUCGUUGAUCUCUCCCGCGCGAUUCCGGAAAAAAAUCUUGGACGAAUGUAGGUGGGCGAGCGUGAGAGAUUGGGGAAGAAGCCAAAAUGAGUGAGGUGUUCGACGGUUAUGAACGCCAGUACUGCGAGCUCUCCGCAGAUUUGACGCGAAGCUGUGCCUCCGCCGCCGUUCUUAAUGGAGAGCAGAAAAAGCAGAAACUUUCUGAAAUACAAGCAGGACUAGAUGAUGCUGAUGCUCUGAUUAGGAAAAUGGACCUUGAAGCAAGGAGUUUGCAGCCAAGCAUAAAGGCAACACUUCUUGCUAAGUUAAGAGAAUACAAAAAUGACCUGAGCAACUUGAAGACUGAUGUUAAAAGAGUCAUUUCAACUGAUCCAUAUCAGGAUGAUCGUGACGAGUUGUUGGGAUCAGGACGGGCAGAUACAAUGAUGGACUCUGCUGCGGAUCAAAAAGGCAGAUUAUUGAUGUCGACAGAGAGAUUAAACCAAUCUACUGAAAGAAUUAAGGAAAGCAGAAAAACAAUGCUGGAAACAGAAGAGCUAGGUGUCUCAAUCCUACAGGAUUUGCAUCAACAACGUCAAUCUCUCCUUAAUGCCCAUACCACGCUCCAUGAAGUAGAUGACAACAUUAGCAAGAGCAAGAAGCUGCUGACAAGCAUAUCAAGAAGGAUGAACAGGAACAAAAUGAUAAUGUGGGGCGUAACUGGAGUCCUUGUUCUUGCCAUAUUACUUAUCCUGUAUUUUAAGCUCAUUCAUUAGGGCUUGUCUCACCUCUGGUUGUUC